GCAAUCACAUAAGUUUAUUGACUUAUUAUUAAUGUAACGUCCAAUAAACACUAUAUUUCAAACAAAAAUUCCCAUAACAAUUAAUAAUGAACAUCAUUAUGUUUCAAAAGCCCUACCUUGUAACUCAACAUUUGUUUAAAAGACACAUAAAAAUAGGUUUUAAAAAUAAAGAUACGUAGAAGAGGGGUAUAUUUGAAAAUACGAAAAAGUUGUGGAUUCUUCUAGCUAAUUUCUAAAAGCAAUCACUAUCACCAUCAUUCAUCAUCACCAACUGAAAAGGCUUCUGGAUCUCGCCAGAUCCCAUCGUCGAACCGAACCGAAUCAGACAUCCAAAUUUCUGGACUCACUUCUCCGGUCAAGUCGAGUCUUCACUCUUUGGUCUCAAAGUUUCUUCCUUUUUUUUUUUUUUUUUUUGGUUUCACCAAUGGCGACCUUUAUCAAUCUCGAGGAUUCCCCAAUGUUUCAGAAACAGGUUUGUUCAUUGGAGGGGACAGCUGAUGAGCUUAAAGACCGUUGUCAGAAGCUACACAAAGGUGUUAAGAAGUUCAUGGCAAGUUUGGGAGAGGCAUCCAAAGGAGAAAGUGCCUUUGCUGAUUGUCUGGAAGCAUUUGGUGCUGGACAUGAUGAUCCUAUCAGUCUUUCAAUUGGAGGUCCAGUUAUAUCCAAAUUCAUAAAUACUCUUCGAGAGCUUUCUUCUUACAAGGAGUUUCUUUGCUCACAGGUGGAGCAUGUGUUGCUUGAGAGGUUGAUGAACUUUAUUAAUGUUGAUCUACAAGAAGCUAAGGAGUCUCGGCAUCGAUUUGAUAAAGCUGCUCAUUCGUACGAUCAGUCGCGUGAGAAGUUUGUGUCUUUAAAGAAGAAUACAAAAGGAGAAAUUGUUGCAGAGUUGGAAGAGGAUCUGGAGAACUCAAAGUCAACAUUUGAGAAGAGCCGUUUCAAUCUAGUAAAUUCAUUGAUGACUAUUGAAGCUAAAAAGAAGUAUGAGUUUUUAGAAUCCAUAAGUGCAAUUAUGGAUGCCCAUCUGAGAUAUUUUAAACUUGGAUAUGACUUGUUGAGUCAACUGGAACCAUUUAUUCAUCAGAUAUUAACAUUUGCUCAACAAUCAAAAGAACAGUCUAAGAUUGAACAAGAUCGACUAGCAAGACGCAUUCAAGAAUUCAGGACACAGUCUGAAUUAGACAGCCAACAGCUAGCCGCUAACGCAGAACCCUCUGGUGUUAACGGAAACCGUGUUGGUGGAACCAUCCCUUAUAAAAAUACCGAAACAAGUUUAACAGCAGACAAGGAAGUAAUUAAACAGGGGUAUUUAUUAAAGCGUUCAUCAAGUUUGAGAACUGAUUGGAAAAGAAAGUUUUUUGUCCUUGAUAGUCAUGGUUCUAUGUACUAUUAUAGAAGUAAUGGUAAUAAAUCAAUGGGAUCUCAGCAUCACUAUAGUGGUUCAUCUGACCAUAAUACUGGUGUAUUUGGUCGAUUCCGUGCAAGACAUAACCGAUCAGGUUCGCUCACUGAGGGCAGCUUAGGCUGUAAUACUAUCGAUCUUCGCACUUCUUUGAUAAAACUAGACGCAGAAGACAUGGAUCUUCGGCUCUGUUUCAGAAUUAUUUCUCCUCAAAAAACUUACACACUUCAGGCUGAAAAUGGAGCAGAUAGGAUGGACUGGGUAAAUAAGAUCACUACAGCUAUAGGGACGCUUCUCAAUUCUCAUUUUCUACAACAGUCACCAGUGCGAUACUUGGAUAGAGACAACACUAGUUCUGUUCCUGCUAAUGCUGUCGUCUCCGGGGAUCAAAUUCGACUUAAUGAUGCAAAAGGAAAUAUUGGGGAUGAUGUCUCUACAAUACUCAGAGGAAUUCCUGGCAAUAAUGCAUGUGCAGAGUGCAAUGCUCCCGAGCCAGAUUGGGCUUCACUUAACCUUGGAGUUUUGUUGUGCAUUCAAUGCUCUGGUGUUCACAGGAAUCUCGGGGUUCAUAUAUCCAAGGUGAGGUCCCUUUCAUUGGAUGUGAAAGUGUGGGAGCCAACCAUCUUGGACUUAUUCCGAAAUUUGGGUAAUGCAUACUGUAACUCACUGUGGGAGGGACUACUUCACCAUGAAAAUGACGGUGAGGAAGGAUCAACUUUGUCGCGUGCUUCAAUUUCAAAACCACGUCCAGAAGAUUCCUUUAGUGUGAAGGAGAAAUACAUCUUAGGAAAGUACCUGGAGAAAGCAUUAGUCAUCAAAGAUGAAAGCGAAGCAAACCCUUCUGCUGCGAGUAGAAUUUGGGAAGCUGUUCAAAGCAGAAAUAUACGAGAAAUCUAUCGACUGAUAGUAACUGCUGGGGAUGUGAAUAUCAUCAAUACGAAGUUCGAUGAUAUAACUGAUAUCGAUGCGUAUCACCAUGUUGAUGCAGCAGAUAAAUCAGUAAAGAAAAGACAUGACCCAACUGUCUGUCUGAGAAUCAAAGAAUCCAACGAACCAGGAAACUGUCUUCAAGGCUGUUCCUUGCUCCAUGUGGCUUGUCACAUUGGUGACUCUGUCUUGCUUGAACUGUUGUUACAGUUUGGUGCUGACCUAAACCUGAGAGAUUAUCAUGGAAGGACUCCGUUACACCAUUGCAUAUCAUCAAGGAACCACAAAUUUGCAAAGAUUCUACUGCGAAGAGGAGCACGUCCAUCGAUAGAGGAUGAUGGAGGGCUAAGCGUGCUGGAAAGAGCGAUGGAAAUGGGAGCCAUAACGGAUGAAGAGCUCUUUCUUCUCUUAGCCGAGUGCGCAUAAACAACACUGCACAGCUUAGAAUUGCCUUACGAAGACCAUAAAAUGCAAAAUCAUGCAACGACAGGGUGGUGGUACAAGGUCAAGCUACUACAAUUCCGCAAAAUCAUGGUCACACAGAUAUGACCACCUAUGUAAUGUCAGUUACCACAUUUUUUUUUUUUCAAUUGUCGCUUUUGCGUUUGCAUUUGAGUUUACGUGUAAAAAGUAAUUUUACUUUAUUCCAAUUCAUUUUAUAUGCUUUUGCCGA